AUGUUAAUCCCGAUCACGGCAAUUCUUGGACUGGCAUCCUUGGUGCCAGCCAUUCCUGUUGAGGGAGAUAACUUUGCUCGUUCCUCAACUGAUGGACCUUCGGCGCUGCAAGGAAAGGAUGCCGUAACUCGCGAACUGGAGAGCCGUAUGGGGGAAAUCUCCACUGCUCUGGACCUUCGAAGCGAGAACCCUUCAAAGCGCGCCGUGAUGGACCUGGAGAGUCGAACUCCGUCGAACUGCCGCGCAUUGUCGAAUCCCAGAUUUUCUAGUUCGAAAUAUACAGCAUUCCAUGUUAUCGCAGUCCUGUCUGGAGUGGCUGCACAAGGCUUCUGUGCCAUAUCCAACUCCGGGGCGGGUUGUGCGGAGCUUGGCUUAGCCAUCACGGCCGUUUUGGAAAUCAUAAUUUACGGCAGCUCGAUCUACAAUGACGAUAUUGAACAUGGCAUUGCGCAUGUUUCAGGAAUUCUGGGUCUGAAUGGCAGGAUCCCGGAUCCCACUAUCGAAGGUAUGAGCAGCGACGCCUCCACUAGACUUGCGGGAUUGCUUGAAGAGGGCCGCGCCCACAAUGACAAGCGAAGUCUACCUGAUAUUGAACACUUGAAUAUGGCCCGAACCGUGGAAGGGUCCCGUCUUGAAUAUGAUGGGGUCGAACUCGUGGAUGUUUCAUCCUUGAACCACCAGAAGCGAAGCAUUGACUCGCCUGAUCUCACGCAUCGCAUGAUGGUCCGAGGAGCCAAGCUGAACAAUCUGGCACACGAUCUUGCGUUUGAUCAGUACAGCAAUGGCCAAUCAGCUAUCUCCUUCAGGUUCAAUGAAACUAUGUUUGGCGGAGAGUCAGAGCUGAACAAGCGCGAUAUAUCUGGUGUUGGAUUGAAGGUGACGUUCUCAUAUCCUGGAAAGGUGACAGAUGAUGAAUCCUUGAGGACCGACCUUGCCCACGGAUUCGGAAAGCAUUGGGGGGAGACUGCUUUCAGUCAGACUGGCUGGAGUGACUACCUUGGUGGUCUUCAAGAUUCGGAUGGAAACUCACUGCUGAAGUUCCGUCUUGGACUGUCAAAUGGGGAGCCCAGCCCUGACUCUGCGGAUCUCGAUGUCUGUUAA